CAACAUCACGCUGUGAGCAGGAAGCUCGGGUACGGAGAACUCUCUCUCUCGGUGUUCCUGCCUUGUCGCUGGCAAUCCGCAGUGGAAUCGAACGGAGGGACGGUCUCAACAGGAGAGGGUCAGAACACACACAAAUAAAAACCGCCACGUUACAUCCAAGAUGAUAGCUGCUCACCUUGUAGCGCAUUACUUCGUAGAACUGAAAGAUGACCAAGUACAAAAGGUCAACAAGUUCCUCUAUCACAUGCAGCUGUCAGAUGAACAACUACAUGAAAUAUCCAAACGCUUUCUAACAGAGAUGAAGAAAGGUCUCAGGAAAGAUACCAAUCUAACGUCAUCCCUUAAAAUGCUGCCCAGUUUUGUUAGAUCAACUCCUGAUGGGACAGAGAGUGGAAAAUUCCUGGCCCUUGACUUGGGAGGGACUAACUUCCGUGUGCUGAGAGUGAAAGUUUCAGACAAUGGCAAGCAAAAUGUGGAGAUUGAGAAUCGGAUUUGUGCCAUUCCAGAGGGCAUCAUGCAUGGCACAGGCACACAGCUGUUCGAUCACAUUGCCAACUGCCUGGGAGAUGUGAUGGAAGAACUGAACAUCAAGGAUGAAAAGCUCCCUCUGGGCUUCACGUUUUCCUUUCCCUGCAAACAAUCCAAGCUGGACGAGAGUGUUUUGGUUAAUUGGACGAAAGGCUUCAAGGCAAGUGGUGUAGAGGGACGAAACGUGGUCGAAUUACUGCGUACAGCUAUCCAGAGGCGAGGGGAUUUUGAAAUCGAUGUUGUUGCGGUGGUGAAUGACACUGUGGGGACCAUGAUGUCUUGUGGUUAUGACGACCACAACUGUGAGAUAGGACUAAUUGUUGGCACCGGCACAAACGCUUGUUACAUGGAGGAGAUGCAACACAUUGACCUAGUCGAGGGAGACGAGGGGAGGAUGUGUGUCAAUAUGGAGUGGGGUGCAUUCGGUGACCAGGGAGAACUGGACGACGUUAGAACAGAGUUUGACAGGGAGAUUGACAGGGGGUCCAUCAACCCUGGGAAACAGCUGUUUGAGAAGAUGAUCAGUGGUAUGUACAUGGGCGAGCUCGUUCGAGUUAUCUUGGUGAAGAUGGCGAAGGACAAACUGCUGUUUGGGGGAAAGAUCACACCAGAACUACUCAUCAAAGGCCACUUUGAGACCAAAUACGUCUCGGCCAUUGAAAAGGACAGUGAUGGACUGCAGAAGGCAAAAGAGAUUUUAACUAAACUGGGUCUGGAGCCGACAGACGAUGACUGUGCUGCGACACGACGAGUUUGUAGCAUUGUGUCGACCCGAUCAUCGAACCUCUGUGCUGCCACACUUGCUGCCGUCCUGAGACGGAUAAAAGAAAACAAGGAGGUCGAGAGACUGCGGACUACGAUUGGUGUGGAUGGAACCGUGUACAAAAAACAUCCACAGUUUGCCAGGCGGCUGCAAAAGGCAGUGAGAAGGUUGGUCCCUAACUGUGAAGUUCGUUUCCUACCCUCUGAAGAUGGCAGUGGAAAGGGUGCUGCUAUGGUAACAGCAGUCGCCUACAGACUUGCGAAGCAACAGAAAAUGAGGGAGGAGAUUUUGUCAGCCUUUAACUUGAGCGAUGAUCAGCUGCUAGAGGUGAAGAGACGGUUGAUGGUUGAAAUGGAACAUGGCUUGAAGAAAGAGACUCACUCCACUGCUACCGUAAAAAUGUUGGCAACUUAUGUGCGGGCUACACCAGAUGGAACAGAGAAUGGUGACUUCUUGGCACUGGAUCUUGGUGGUACAAAUUUCCGCGUGCUGCUCGUGAAGGUUCGUAGUGGGAAACGUCGAAAUGUGGAAAUGCACAACAAGAUCUACACCAUCCCUCUGGAUGCUAUGGAAGGAACGGGUGAAGAGCUCUUUGAUCACAUCGUUCACUGUAUUGGUGAUUUCCUGGAGUACAUGGGGAUGAAAGGCUGUAUGCUUCCACUUGGCUUCACCUUCUCUUUUCCGUGUGAACAAAGGAACUUGGAUCAGGGAAUUCUUUUAAAAUGGACCAAGGGGUUCAAAGCUACUGGUUGUGAAGGUGAAGAUAUUGUUGAUCUCCUUCGAGAAGCCAUCAGGAGAAGAGAGGAGUUUGACUUGGAUGUUGUGGCAAUUGUUAAUGACACGGUCGGAACAAUGAUGUCCUGUGGCUAUGAUGAUCCCCAAUGCGAAGUUGGUCUCAUUGUAGGAACAGGGUGCAAUGCCUGUUACAUAGAGGAAAUGAGGAACGUGGAGAUGGUUGAAGGAGAUGAAGGGAGGAUGUGCAUUAAUACGGAGUGGGGAGCAUUUGGUGACAAUGGUUGCCUAGACGACAUCAGGACUGAAUUUGACAUGGAAGUGGAUAAGCUUUCACUGAAUCCUGGGAGGCAGAGUUAUGAAAAGAUGAUCAGUGGGAUGUAUUUAGGGGAGAUUGUCCGUAACAUCCUCAUCAAUUUCACAAAACAAGGUCUGCUGUUUCGAGGGAGGAUCUCAGAAAGGCUCAAGACACGAGGCAUCUUUGAAACCAAAUUCCUGUCUCAGAUCGAGAGCGACCGACUGGCAUUGCUUCAGGUCCGGACCAUCCUGCAGCAGCUGGGUCUCCAGAGCACCUGCGAUGACAGCAUCAUUGUUAAGGAGGUGUGUGGGGUGGUCUCCCGUCGAGCAGCUCAGCUCUGUGGUGCUGGAUUGGCGGCUAUCGUUGACAAGAUCAGGGAGAACCGUAACCUGGACACCCUCAAGGUCACUGUUGGACUGGACGGGACGUUGUACAAACUGCAUCCACACUUCUCCACGAUAAUGCAUGAGACGGUUGAAUGCCUGUCCCCCAGGUGCCAGGUGAAGUUCCUGCAGUCAGAGGAUGGCAGUGGCAAGGGAGCGGCUCUGAUCACUGCAGUCGCCUGUCGCAUCCGAGAGGCCGGCCAACACUAAAAGUAAAUACUGCAACACUUUCUCUUCCAUCCGCAUUAGGGACCUCCCCUCCUCUACCUGGCCCACGUCUCUUAAAAUAUUACCGAGCGCAUUUGAGAUGUGCAACUUCUCCGGAUUUCAGAAUGGGAUUGUGAUUGCUGGUGUUCUCCUCAUUUGCCCAGAUAUGAAGGAUGCCGAAUGGAAGUUGCUACCUCCCAUGCCUAACCUCGACCAAGAUGUUGAUACUGAUUCCAAUGUGACCUGUCGCCAUCUCUUUGCUGUGAGGAGCUGAACAUGACUAUGACAUUGCAGUUGCUAUUUUUAACAGAACUGAACUAAUUUUGUAAAUAGGUUAUUAAUAUUUCAGAUCUGCACUUGUUAGGGAAGGGAAAAGGUGUUGUGAAGUGUGAUUAAAAAGGUAAGUUAAUACUGGAGGUGAAGAAUAUCACUAAGGUAGUUUAUUUCAGAAAUUUAAAAUAAAAAGUUGUUUUGUAGUUCCUGCUGAUACACAUUUGUUGUGAAUGUAAAUAUGCCAUCUACAGAUUCAGUAGAUUAGGAAGCUUUUGUGAACAUGCUCUCAAGUUGCAAUCUAUCUCCUAUGUCGUUGGGCCAGAGAAGACUGGUAGCUAAUCUCCUAGAUGUGUCCCAUUCUCAUCUGUUUACAUUAACAAAUUGAAUUGAGUAUUUGCCCACUUGGCUCUGACUUUGCUGUGUCUAUAUGCCAUUCAUGGAAGCAAGAGCCACAGAAGAGAUCUGAAGUUGCCGUUAAGUUUGGACCUCAGCUGUCAUGGGCCAUUAACUUCAUAGGCAGUGAGAAAGUUUAUACUUUUGACAGCAAGAGUGAUUAAUAUUGCACCGACUGACUUGUGUAGGUCACCUUAAUUUUGUACAGGUUUACAAAGUUAACGACUCACACACUUUUGAAUAUGCCACCAUGCAAAAAAUGGUGGGGACAAAGAAAUUUUCUGUGACACCCCAACAUUUUCGGUUGGGUAAGGUUAAAAGUUCAAGCAUAUUUGUAAAGUUGGUACAAAUCUGUAAAUAACGGGGAUGAGCACUAUUUAAAAUAUUACUUAUAUCUCAAGAAUGUGCAGAACAUUUUUAUGGAGAAUCAAGUUAGCAUCACCAUCAGCUUGGCUCAAAUUUCAGCUUCUCUAUUACAACCACAGUACACUUCCAUGGAACUGCAGCUAAUGUGGAGGUACUUAGAUUGUGCUUGUGCAUGCAAUGGGUUACCACUGAAUCACUUGUAGAAUUUGAGGAUUGCAUCUUUUCAAUUCUAGUGGAUUAUUUCUGGGUCCAAAGGGUGUCCCAGCUAUGCAAGGCUUCCACAUUGAAUUGGUUUCUACCAUUGUGACCAAUUAACUUUUGAUAUUUGGUGAUAUAUUGAAAGCAUCUUUGAAAUUCAGUGACCUGUGUUUUUUUAAAUUAGAAAAAGUAUACAUGUAUUUUUAUACCGAAGCAAAAUCGUCGUUAAUUCUUUGCACAGGAGAUGUAUGAAGUAUGGUACAGAAAUAUUAUCACUGGAACCAGCUUUUGUUGAGCUUGGUGUAAACUCUGUUAAGUUUGUACACUGUUAUUUAAGUAAAAUUCAGUCUGUAUGUAGUAACUCAGCACACACAAUACUACCUGCAUGGGAAACAUGCUGUCAUUACAUUCUUGUGAAAACUUGAUAACAAUUCCAACCAAUUACAUUUUGUUUUUUUUUAAAUCUGGUGCUGGUUAUGGGUACAAAGUAGAUGUAGGUUACUGGGGAUAGUUGAUUAGAUAACGAUUCAACCUUGGUCAGUUUGUCUGUCCGAGGAACCUUGGUAUAUUUAUUUAAUACAAGUGGGAUAGGAGAUGUUCUCCAUUUAUAUAAGAAACAAUAUCUGUUGGUGGUUGGGUGGAGUUGUUCUCUGACCUUGGCAAAUCAUUUGCAAACAUUUCGUCACCAUAUGAGGAGACAUCAUCAGUGUGCUAUUCCCUUGUGAUGUGUCUCCUCUGAAUGGUUGGCUUUUAUACACUUAUCAAUCAGUUGAUUGGUCAUCAUUAUGGAUACUCAAUUAUAUUUAUAAGCCAAUGCGGGCAAAAUUCCAGACAACGUACAGAGUUCGCCAUGCAACCAAUCAGUGACGAGACCCUCUCCCUAUGUCACUAUUGAGUUUCCAUAAUGACAACCACUCAACUGAUUGGUAAGUAUAUAAAAGCCAAGCACUCGGAGGACACACCACAAGUGAACAGCACACUAACGAAAUGUUCCGUGUGGUGCCGAAACAUUUGCAGAUGGAUUACCAGGAUCAGAGAGCAAUGGCAACGCAACCAUCAACUACCCGAGCCACACAUUUUCCGAGUUAUUUCCAAAAUCCGUUGGUUCAUACAGAUGAUUAAGUUCAGCCUCCUAUUAUUGUCAAACUUCUCUUGAGCUUCUCUCCACAAAUUGGCCUGCACAACCACAAUAACCUACUGUGCUGUAACUAAUGAAGAAGCAGUUAGAUUGCACUAGUGUACAGUAGGCAUUGCUGAGAUUCAUGCUAUGUUCCCAUCUGUAUAAAAAGUGGCUGGUCAAAGGUGGAGUGAGUGAAGUCUAAACAUUAACUUGAUACAUUGGAUUGCAUUGGAGAUCAAAGCCUGUCAGGCCUUUUCCACCCUUGGUUACUUAGCUUUCCUUCCUGACCUACUGCUCAGUAAUCUUGCUCCUGAAGGAACAUCUGUAUAUGUGUCACCACCAUUUCAAUUAUUUCAAACCAAAGAUUGUUCAAAAGAUGAAAGUGAAACUUGUCAUAUGAAAUGCACUCCAGCUUGUCCAUGUAUGAUGAGAAAAGUCAUUAGGUCUUCCACCACUGAACAUCCUUCUUAAGGUACUUUUACUCUUUAAUAUUAUUUUGCUCUAAGGAUUUGUUCAUUGUGUUUAAGCACGUUUUGCAGAUGGCUGGUAAUUUGUCUUUGUCAUUUUUUGAUUGAAACAGUACCGCCUUCUCUGGUUACACGAACUGAAUGCUGAAGAGGAAUACAAAAUUCACCUUUUCAGUAUUCAUUCUACAGGAAAGUAACAGAAGGGAAGCAGAAACAUAAGAGAUUCUGCAGAUGCUGGAAAUCCAGAGUAACUCACACAAAAUGCUGGAGGAACUGAGCAGGUCAGGCAGCAUUGAAGGAGAGGAAUAAAGAGUCGACGUUUUGGGCCAAAACCCUUCCUCAGUACAUCCUGAUGAAGAGUCUCAGUCUGAAGUAUUGACUCUUUAGUCCUCUCCAUAGAUCAGGAGCUCCCAAUCUUUUUUUAUGCCAUAGACACCUGCCGUCAAGCAAAGUGGUCGUGGACCCCAGGUUGAAAACCUCUGAGAUGCUGCCUGACCUGCAAAUGGAAAAUCAGGUUUUGAGAGUCAUUUCAUACCUUUUAAACCUCUUGGAGGAAGUAUUACUGCCCUAAAUGUAUUGUUUCAAUUGCAUUCCUAACCACUGCUUAUGUGACAUUUGAGUCUAAUACAGGGAAAGAAACAAAGGCAAAAAUCAAUAAGUUUCUUGAAUUGAGUGGAUGCUGGAGAUUUUAAAUUUAGUGGUGCACUAUUCUGUAAAAGAACAGGAAGGGAAUUGUAUUUGGGAUUGUACUCAUAGAUUUGGAAUUGUACCAUUGAUACAAUUGUUGUGGAAGGCAUUGGUCAUCCACUUUGGUAGAAAGAAAAGGCAAGUUUAUUUUUUCAAGAGACAUUGAGACCAAAGAUGCUGGUGAAGGAACAAUUUACUGAAGGAACUCAAUAGAUCAAGCAGUAAUUGUUGGUGGGGGAGGGGGGAAGUGAAGAAUUGUCGACAUUUGGUGUCGAAACCGUUCAUCAGGACUGAGAGUGAAGAGACGAGACGGCCAAUAUAAAGAGAAGGGGAAUGACGAGAGAGGAGUAUGAGGUGAUUGGUGGGAUCGAGAGGGCUGCAAGAUGACAGGAAGGUUGUGUCAGGAAGUGAAAGGGAACAGGGGUGGAGUUUGCAGAGAGUGGCAGGUAAAUGAGAGACGGAGGCAGGCAAAGAGAGAAUUAAAUUAGAGGCAGAUGAAGCAAGUUGAGGUGGGGGGAGAGUGAAGGGUGGAGACUUCUGGUCCCACUCACCAAGCUCCCUUCACAGUCAAACAGGACCUCUUAUUUCUGAGAUAUUGGGCACAGAAUGAUAUUAUGAAAGACCUCCCAAGGACUAAUUACCUUUCAUAUCAUUGUGAUUUGAUCAUUGUCUAAUCUGAUUUUAACUUUGAUUCACUGUUCUUUCUUUAGUGCUAAUUAAUUUAUAAAAUUUGACCAUUGGAUUUGAACUGAUUUCACCUGAAACAAGGUUUAUCGGGUCUACUUAAAAGUUUCCCAUUGAACACACACUUUUGUCUUGAACUUGAUAGCAACUCCCACACUCAGCUCUAUGUGUUAACUUUUGACUGAUAUUGAUCAAAAUGGGAUUAUAUUACUGAAAUCAGUUGUGUCACCACAUUUGUCUUCUACACUUAUAGAAUGUACAUCUGAAGUAAAAUAGACACAGAAAAAUAGAAAUAGACCAUUUUAUCUUUAAACCUGGUCCGUUGUUCAUUACAAUCAUACCUGAUCUCCUAUCACUUUUACCCUUUCCUAUCCAUCUGGCUUCACCUAUCACCUUUGAGCUAUCCUCCUUUCCCUUUCCUUUCCAGUCCUGAAGAAUGGUCUCAGCCCGAAACAUCGACUGGUUGUUCGUUUCCAUAGAUGCUGCCGGACCUACUGAGUUCCUCCAGCAUUUUGUGUGUGUGCGUUGCUUUGGACUUCCAGCAUCUGCAGAAUUUCUCAUCUUUAAUAUUUUAAUGAAACUGCUGGAUUUUUUAUUUGUAAAUCAAACCGAUGUGAAUAGACCUAUAAUGUAGCAAUUCUAAAAUGUUUUUUUUAAAAACCCAAAUCUUUGUUAUAUUUCAUUACCAAUAACAGAUGCUUUCACAAAAUAACUGCUCCUUCCUGGCACACUUAAACCACAUCCAUUGCACAGCUUCUGUAAAAGCAAUAAACGAUUGCAUCCCAGAUGUGGGUGUUGUUUCGGGAGCUCUGAGUGUGGAGUCACAAUACAAACCAGCUGGAAAUUAUGCAAUAGACUCGACCUAUGCAUGAAAAAUCAUGAUACUGUACUGUGUGUCAUUACGCAACAUUAAUAUUUAUUAACGUUUAUUUAUUUUGAUUACUAAUGCAAUAGAGCAAGUCUGUUAUUUUUAUAUAGGACAUGCACAGUUUCCAAGGCUGCUAUUACUGUAAACUGAGUUUUUACUCUCUGCUGGAUUAAUGUUUAGAUGCAAA